CUCUCUCUCUCUCACUAACGCGUCUCGCCUAAUGUAUAUUUAGCUGCUGCAGCGAGCGAAUCUCAUCGCAAUCGUCUUCGUCGCGUCUCUUUCCCGAUUCAAUCCCAAUUUUUGAUUCGAUUCCUUCCCUCCCUCCCUCCAUCAAAGGGAUCUCAAUCCGGAGAAAACAUCGUCAUCGGGUUUAUCACGAUUCAAUUCACCCAAUUCAUUCCUACGAUUGCUUUCCUUGAUUUUUUCCCGAUUCGGCUGAGCUUUGAAUUCUCUUUACUAGUCUCUUCGAUGAAGAUCAUUGGUUGGUGAAGAUUAGAGACGAGUGUUACAUGGCACACAAGGAUGACCACUCCUCCUCUGGGUUUUGGUCCAGUGACGUCGACGGAGUCAGUUACAUUCAGCUCCACAAGUUCUGGAGCGAGUUAUCUCCGAAGGCUAAGCAGAAGCUUCUGAGGAUCGACAGGCAGGCACUCUUCGAGCAGGCGCGCAAGAACAUGUGCUGCUCCAGAUGCCACGGCCUUCUUCUCGAAGGCUUCUUGCAGAUUGUUUCGUUGCAACAGAAGAAAGGAUCGUCCAAAGAUCAAAACAACUACAACAACAGCUCAGCUCUCAGUAACCCCGACGCUCAUCAGUGGGGAGGAAUCACCGCCACGAGGGAUGAAUCGCUCACGCUUCUUGAUUGCUAUUUGUAUCCCAAAUCUUUCAAAGUGCUACAAACUGUGUUUGAGAGUGCACGUGCGCGAGAGAGGGAGCGUGAGUUGCUUUAUCCUGAUGCUUGUGGUGGCGAUGGAAGGGUUUGGAUUAGUCAAAGUUAUGGUAAAGGUCAUGGGACAAGGGAAGCUUGUGCUUUGCAUACCAGAUGGCUCUCUUGUGAUACGUUAGUUGAUUUUUACUCUGCUUUAGAAGACCAAAGUCGACAGUCACUUUUCACUAUGAAAGAAGAAGAUUUCAUUGGAAUGCUAACUUCCAGAUUCGACCGUAAGAAGUUUUGUAGAGACUGCAGAAAAAAUGUUAUCCGAGAGUUUAAAGCGCUUAAGGAACUUAAACGAAUCCAACGGAAAACACAAUGUACCGAAUGGUUCUGUGUUGCGGAUACAGCUUUUCAAUAUCAGGUGGGCGUUGAUUCCGUUAGAGCAGACUGGAGUCAAAAUUUUACAGAGAAUGCUGGAUAUCAUCAGUUUGAGUGGGCUAUUGGAACUGACAAAGGCGAAUCCGAUAUCCUCGAUUUCAGACGAGUAGGCAGUAAUAGGAGUGCGCAAGUCAGUGGCCUAAACCUUCAUGGAUUAAAAGAAUGCUACAUUACUCUUAGGGCAUUUAAAAAAAAUGGCUGCUCCUCCGAGGUAUCAGUCAAAGCCCAUGCAUUGGGAUGCCAACAAUGCGUUCAUUCCAGGCUUGUGGUUGGGGAUGGCUUUGUUUCAAUUAGAAGAGGGAAAUGCAUCCGAAUGUUUUUUGAGCAUGCCGAAGAGGUUGAGGAAGAAGAGAAUGAAUUAGACAAAGAUGGGAAUGAGCUUGAUGGUGAGUGCUUCCGUCCGCAAAAGCACGCUAAGAGUCCAGAACUUGCUCGUGAGUUUCUUCUAGAUGCUGCAACGGUUAUUUUCAAGGAGCAGGUGGAAAAGGCAUUUAGGGAUGGUACAGCCCGUCAAAAUGCACACAGUAUAUUUGUCUGCCUUUCAUCGAAACUAUUAGAGCAACGUGUUUAUGUUGCCUGCAAGGAAAUUAUCACCUUGGAGAAGCAGAAGAAGCUUCUUGAGGAAGAAGAAAAAGAAAAGCUUGAAGAAGAGGAGCGAAAAGAGCGGAAAAGAACAAAAGAAAGGGAGAAGAAACUUCGUAAAAAAGAGAGGUUGAAGGAAAAAGAACGAGAAAAAGAGCAGAAGAAUCCAAAAUUUAUUGAAGCAAUGCUGCCAAAUUUGUCAAGGGAAGAAGAAGGCUCUAUGAAUCUUGAUGAGGAAUCAAGUAAUAUCAUAAACUGCGAGGAGUCGGGAACUGAAACUGGAGAUGUAGAAUUGUCUCCACCUGAUUCUCCUGAUGAUGAAGAUAGUGAGUGUUUGGAUGGUUGCAUUACUUCAACCGCGGAUGCCCACUAUUCUGAUAGCACUGAUAGAGAGAUUAUAGAUCAUGAAAAUGGGUACUGUUCGAAUGAUAGGCAAAGACCUGUUCAUCAGACAGAAAGAUUAUGGAAAGAAGUUCAGCGUGAUCAUGCUUUGAGAUGGUCAGAGAAAUGUAGAUAUCCGGAAAAUGCUUCUUUUGUUGAUAUGGCUGAGACAAGAUACUGUAACGGUAGCUUGGAACUGUCGGCAAGACAUCUUAACGGGUCAAAUAAAAAUAUGAGGGUCAAAGCUUUGAAGGCUGGUGGUAAACCAAACAGCAUUAGGUCUGGUGGGAGGUACGAUGACCAUUCUUGCAGUAACAAACCCAUUAAUGGAUACUGGCAAAAGGCAGAAUCUAAUAUAUCUGCAACCAGAGGCAUGCCAGUAACUGUGAGAAAAGUUUUGGACUCUACGCAGUUGAAGCAUCCGCGAAACAGCUCGCACUCUGACGCACCACCAGUUACAUGUUCAACAUUUAAGGCAGAAGAGGUUGAGGAUGUAAGUUCCGCUGUGAAGUUAGCUGAUGCACAGUCCGAGUGCAAUGCUUCAGAAAAGUUGGGUAAUGCUAAUCAUCGUGAUUACUCAACCGAGGAAGGCAAGAAGAUGUUGACAUCAAAGAAUGAUGUCCUGUACUCGAAAGAUCCUAUAAUGAGUAGAACCUCCAGUUCAGAUAAUUGCUCUUCGUGCCUCAGUGAAGGAGACAGCAAUACAGCUUCUUCAAACAGCGGAAACUCUGAAUCCUCCCCGAUGUCUGAUCCGGAAGACGCCAGUCAGCACUUCGAAGGAAGAGAGAAUCUACUGGGCACUGAAAACUCUGUGCAUGACUGUCACGAGGAGAUGAUACAGAAAGAGACAGAGAAGAGUGUUGAUGAAAGAGACCUUCUAAGGAUUAAGAAAAUGUCUAACCAUCCAGCUGAAAACGGUGAAAGUGAAAAAUCUGGAACUCCUUUUACGGUUCUUAGCCAAAGCAUAGACAAUACGGUACCCACUGUGAAUACUGGUUCCUACCUGUCACAGCCACAAAGCAUGAUGUUUCCCCAAAUGCAGAGUAUACCGUUGCCUGUCUUCCAGAGUCCUGCAACAAUGGGUUACUAUCAUCAAGCUCCAGUCUCUUGGUCUGCAGCUCCAGCCAACGGAUUGAUGCCAUUCCCUCAUCCUAACCAUUAUGUAUACGCAGGUCCUCUUGCAUACAGUCUGAAUGGAGAGUCCCCAUUAUGCGUACCGUAUGGUACGCCAUUGAACCAUUCAGCAACCCCUUUCUUCCACUCCGGGCCAGCUCCAAUGUUUUAUCCCUUUGCUGAAAUCAACACAAUGAACACCGUGGACCAAGUUCAAACUCUUGAGCCAGCAGAUGAAAAUAAAAUUAACGGAUUUUCUCAAGUGGAAACUCGAAGCAUUAGCGGUUGGGAAACUGAUAGUGGCGAAGACUUCUCUUUGUUCCACUUUAGUGGGCCUGUUGCAGGAAGUAACUCGAUUCCUGCUGAUUCCAUUGGGAUUUUGGGGGACUUCUCCCUGCAGCUCUCAGGAGAUCAUGCGUUUGGUAACCACACUAUGAAGAAGAAAGAGAGCACAGUAGGUGAAGAGUACAGCUUGUUUGCGGAAAGCAACAGCUUGAGGUUUUCUAUCUUCUAAAAAGCUUUUUAUACAGUUUACUGGACAAGGUUUUAUACACAGUUUACUUUUGGGUUUGUUUGGCGUUAUGGAGGAUUGUAAUCCAGAACGCAGUAUCUUUCAUUUCAUGUAAAGAUCUCUC